AUGUGUGUGAACUAUGUGGAAUACAGCAAACUUCCCCCGAUAUUUUGGGCAGAUGAUUUCGAUAACUGUAUGCUGUUGGGAGAAGAAGGACUUUAUUGCACGAUCGAUUUCAAACUCCUACCAAUUGACAGAGGGAAUGUCAGCAUACAAUGGAAAAAUAUACAGGAAUUGAUGAAAAAUCCGAAGAGAUACCAGCACGAUUUACUAAGACACGGAAUAUGCAUACCGACCACCUGUCCCAGUGUAACCAGAAAUGUCGAGAUGAUUUCGAAAUUUAAGGAUAAAUUGACCAAGUGUUACAACAAGAAAUUCGUUAGCGAUGGACUAUAUGGCGAAAUAACUCACAUGCACUGUCAGAAUAACAUAAAGUUAUUCUUCGAUGUAUACGAUAUAUCAAUGAUGUAAGUUUAUUUGAAUAUUCUUUUCGACUCAUUCGGCGAAACAAUUAUUUUGUCGAUAUGCACAUAUUGCAGAAACUCAUACACGACAUUAUGAAUGAGAUACCUAUUAUUUGUAAUCAGUGAUGUACC